AUGGUAGACGCCAGCAAGUCGCCGGAUAUUGAAAGUACCAACCCAAAGUCACCCAUUCUUAACCCACUGCUGCUCCUACUCGCAGCCCGGCGUGGUUUCAACCAGGAUGGUCGUUUCACGACAACAAAGGUCCCGGACGACUACCUCAUCAGCUACCGGGGCAGAUCCGGAGUCAAUAUGAUUGACCAUACGGCUUUGUGGGUGCGAUUCAUGUGGGCUUUCGCGUGUUACCCCAAGCAGCUCAAGGUUGGCACAGUUAUGUCGACGGCCGUAAUGCUCCAAUGUGUUCUUAAUAUUUACUACGAAGAUGGUUCAUUUCAGUGGCAGCUCCUAAUAAUCGGGAUUUUAUGCGUCUUUCAAACACUUUUCUUAAUUCUAUGCCGGGUCAUCGCCAAUCGCCACGUUGCAGCAGCGACGCCGUCUUGGUGCGAUCCAGAGUCAUAUCAAUGCCGCCUCGCUGCAGCAUUGGGCGAAGCAGAUAUCCAGUAUACCAACAUACAACCAGCAACGCUCGGCGAGAUGGAAACGAUGUGGAAGUCCGAGCAGACACUUUGCGAGAAAUUCCGGAUCGAGAACCUCGUGGACCCGGGCGAUAGGCACCAAGUCUACGAUAUUGCGGUGGAAUUUUAUAACAGCGGUGCCAUAAUCAUGCAAUUUCCGUCUCUGGAGGGCAGUCCCAAAUCGCGCCCGGGAAUCCUUAUUUCAAACGGCGAGGGAGAAAAGCCGUAA